AUGAUUCCUCCAAAUUUUGCUAAACAUCUCUUCAUGGGUGACACGGCUUACAUAAGUCAUCAGCUCUUCAGUUUUCAGCUAGCUGACGUUUUUUUCGACAUGACCGCCGAUGGUGCUCCCGUUGGUCGCAUCGUCAUGGAAAUCCGUGCUGACGUGGUCCCGAAAACCGCGGAGAACUUCCGAGCUCUCUGCACCGGCGAGAAGGGAUUCGGCUACAAGGGUUGCACUUUCCAUCGCGUCAUUCCGGAUUUCAUGUGCCAAGGCGGAGAUUUCACUAACCACAACGGCACUGGUGGCAAGUCCAUCUAUGGCAACAAGUUCGAAGAUGAGAACUUCACUCUGAAGCACACUGGACCUGGAAUGCUCUCCAUGGCGAAUGCCGGGAAGAACACGAACGGAUCGCAAUUCUUUUUGACCACAGUGUCGACUCCGUGGUUGGAUGGAAAGCACGUCGUGUUCGGUGCCGUCGUUGAGGGCAUGGAUAUCGUAAAGAAGAUCGAGGGCCUCGGGUCUCAGACUGGGAAGACGAGCAAGAAGGUCGUCAUUGCUGACUGCGGUCAACUCUGAAGAAGAUAUCUUUGUUUCUUGCAUCAAAAUCUUCUCGACAUGUUUUAUGUUUUCGUAGCUUAUUGAAAGUCACUCUCGGAACAAAAUUCACGCGCAUUCCGCGUUUCAUUCCCUAUCUUCGACUAUCGGAACAAGUUAACGGGCGUUGUUCAUGAGAAUCUUUGUUCUUGUCUCUCUUUGGUGUCACAUUGACAGUUGAAGAGGUGAAUGAAAAAGACGGCUCUACCUGCUUGAAA